UCCUACACUAAAAAGAGAAACAACCGUUUCUGGAAAAGAAAAAAAAAAACUUCAUCUCUCGCUCAACUCCGGAGCCUCACUCUCAUCACUGUGGCGCAGACUCAAAAUGGGGAAAGUUUUAGGAUUUUUUAUUCCAGCGAUGUGUACAUUGAUCUGUGAAACUACAAUUUUCAAACCCAUUUCAGAUUCUCACCGAUCUGCAGCUUUAGAUUUGCUUACACCCAAAGAUGGAUCUUUUGAAAGCCUUGAAGUGACAUACAAGGCCUUAAGGUCAUUUGAGGUUCUUGGAACUGGAAAACAGCCUGGCAUCAAGGCGGUUAUAUGUAAAUCAGUGGUGGAUACUCUUAGGUCUCCAUCUUCAGCAUCGAAAGAUUUGUUUCAAGCAUUGAGAGUCAAUAGGAUAUUGAAGUGCGAGCUUAACAAUGAGGCUUUGGCUGGUAUAGCCUCUAGACUUAAGGAUAACGUGAACAGUGGUGGCUCAGUUGGAAGUUUAGUCCUUAUCGAGGGUCAAGCUUCUAAAGUUGAUGUACACCUUGGAGGUGCUGAUUCCGUUUUCCGUGCCAUAAAGGCUCUUAGCCAAAGUGAUGGAAGAUGGCGCUAUAGCUCCAACGAUCCCGAGUCUAGUACAUUUGCUGCAGGAAUUGCACUUGAGAGCCUGGCUGGUGUCGUUUCAUUAGCAUCUUCUGAGAUUGAUAAUUCUCUGUCCGUGUUCGAGUUUCCGGUGCCGAUUCAAGGUUUCGGUUCGCAAUUUCGGCAUUUCAGUCCAACGAUUGUCGCUUUGUUAUUCCGAUUAAUUUGCAAUUUUCAGUUUUGUUCAUCAAUAAAAGAUUCAAGCAGUUUGGAGUUGAACUUUUGAGGAUUUGGCAUCUUUGGUGAUUUUUAGCUUAUCUGGCGAAGGUAAGUCUCUUGGCUAACUUUGUUAAGAGGGAAACCCCUAGGAUUUGACUUGAUUGUUCUAUGCUUAAGGU